GCCUUCCGGAGGCAAAUUUGAAAAGUGAGUUUAACUGAAGCCGAAGAAACGGUCAGAGCGCCAGACAGCGCGAGCCAUCCCAGUCAGGAGCUGCAGCGGGCAGGGCGGCAGCAGCCAUGAGGAAAAGCGAGGUCAUAGCUGCAGAGUCUGUAGCCUGUCUAAAUUCGGCAUUGGCGCGCCUUCGCGAUAUCUGGGAAGAAAUUGGUAUACCAGAAGACCAGCGCCUCCAAAGGACAGAUACAGUAAGGAAACAUGUAAACUUACUUCUCACACGGAUGAUUGAAGAGGAGGAGAGCUUGAAGGAGCGUCUUCUAAAGAGUAUUGAUGUUUGUCGCAAAGAGCUGAAUGGGCUCUGUUUGGAGCUACAUCUUCCGCCCUUUGAAGAGGAGGAGGACUGCACUAUCUUGCAGUUGGAGAAGGAUUUACGGACCCGUGUAGAAGUCAUGUUAAAACAAAAGAAGGAAAGAUUGCAGGAACUAAAACUGUUAAAGGAGCGAGAGCAUGACUUGUGUGACCUCUUGUGCAUGCCUAUAUUAUUGAACGUUGACGAUCAUGGUGUUCCAAGCUUGGAGGAACUAGAUCAAUUUAGGAGGCGGCUUGCUGAACUUUCUGCAGAAAAGGAGCGCAGGGGAAAGGAGUUUGUGAGUGUCAAAAGGCAGAUUAUUCUUUGUAUGGAGGAAUUGGAUCAUCUCCCCGACACAAGCUUUGAACGAGAUGUGGUGUAUGAAGAAGAGGAAGCUUUCUGCCUCUCAAAAGAGAAUAUUGCAUCUCUCCACGAGCUACUGUUUCGGCUAGAAGAGCAGAAAACAAAAAAUCAAGUGUUAUGCGAUGAACUGCGAUCCAAAAUAACAGAACUCUGGGAUCGGCUUAAUGUUCCGCAAGAAGAACGCGCUGCUUUCUCUGAAUACAUGACUACUGGAUCCAAAGCAAAAAUCAUGAACGUGUUACAAGAGGAAGCAGAUCGUCUUCAGAAACUUAAGUUGCAGAACAUUAAAAAUGUUGUUGAAGUUAUUCGAACUGAAUUGGCAUCUUACUGGGACAAAUGCUUCUACAGCCAGAAUCAAAGACUAGGAUUUGCUCCUUAUUAUGAUGAGGAUUACGGAGAGGACCUGCUUGCCCUCCAUGAUGCCGAGAUCAGCCGUCUAAAACAUUACUACGAGGUGCACAAGGAGAUGUUUGAAGGUGUACAGAAAUGGGAAGAAAACUGGCGACUCUUCUUAGAACUUGAUAAAAAAGCAACAGACCCCAACAGAUUCAAUAACCGUGGAGGUAACCUGCUAAAAGAAGAAAAGCAGAGGGCAAAGCUGCAGAAAAUGCUUCCAAAGCUGGAAGAAGAAUUAGGUGUACGCAUUGCAGGCUGGGAGCAGGAACAGGAUCAAGAAUUUUUUGUUAAUGGUAAAAAAUUCAUGGACCAUGUUACGGAGCAAUGGGAACAAUUAAACAUGGAGAAAGAGAGGGAGAAACAAGAGAGGCAAAUAAAGAAAAACCGACAGCUGGAAGAGGAGAUGAUCUAUGGAAGUGUCCCAAAGACUCCUACCAAACGGAGAGUUCUUGGGUCUACUACCCCUGGUAAAGUUCGUAAGCUUCAUGGCACCUCCGUCUCCAGUGCUACCAACAGCACCAUGCGCUCUGCAUUCAGUGGAACACUUUGCCACUCUCCUGUGACCCGUCCUCCACUCGCUAGUGGCAAGCAAGGACUGCCUUCACGGACCCCAAGUAGAGUGUUCAAGACUCCACAAUCAAAACGGCUAGAGAAGAACAAAGAAAAUAUGUCCCAGCUAAAUGGAACCGCUAUGAGCGGUGGGUGCCAUCUCUCAAUUCCUGCCCAGCGUAACAUCAGCGUUAACUCUGUUGCCAGCACCUAUUCUGAGUUUGCGAGGGAUUCUACUCAUAUUGACUCCACAACCACAAACUCAAACUCCAGCGAGAACUUUCAAAAGCUACAAAAUCUGAUGCAAACCCUCGAAUUCUGAACUCAACUAUUACUCGUACGUAACAUCCAGAAUUUCACGGAAAAUUAAAGGAAAAGACCUAAUGCCAACGUGAAUUUUCACGUUUAAAACCCAUCUGUGCAGUCUCAUAUCAGAGUUCUGGAGUUCCAGAUAAAAUCGAAUUGCCUCGUUUGAGGGGAACACGUACUGCAGGCCAUGUUGUUUAUCGCGCAUAUUUUGCACUCUCUCUCAUCUCCUUAGCUAAUUAAUCAACUAGCUCCCCGGAAAGUUGCUGAACUGAUUAUUUUUGCAACUAUUAGUUUGAAAAUAUCCUCUAUUUUGCGAUUUAAGUUGGAAUAUAUUUAAUAAGAUCAUAUUCCUUUACACAAGACUCUAGUUCUCACAGGGUUUAAUGUUUUAUUUGUGUAUAUAUACGGUUUUUAUGUAAUCAUGAAUACCUUUGCACCUUUUUAUGAUGUCACUACAACUGUUCUACAAAGCUUUUUUAAUUUAAAAAAAUAUAUAUUUUUUUUUUUUUGCCUAAUGAUGCAUAGUAGGAUGGUCCGGGUAUUUUGCAUGCAACUUCAAUGAUCCUUUGCCUGUCAAAGACUGGUCAAGGAACAUAGAUGUUAUAUUGUCAAAUCUCAACUGUAGGUAGAGAGGGCACAAUUCAGCAGCACGUAAAGGAUCUAGUCCAUGUAGCUAUUCUCAUUGUGUACCAUGCAUCCAUUAAUUCUACUGCUAUUCCUAGUAAACAAGCCCCUA